AGGAAGCGGCGCGAUAUCAGCUGCUGAUCAAAGACACUAGAUUGUGCACACUUACGUGAGAUACCUUAUCGACUUCAGUGAGGGAAAUUUGAAAUAAUGGGUUGUUGUGGAAAUAAAGAGGAUGAAGGGGAGCCCGCAGAUGAAGAGAUUGAAAUGGUGGAUUCAAAGGAGUACGGUACGCCCAAUCAGUAUGACCCCACCUUCAAGGGCCCAAUACACAACAGGUCGUGUACCGACAUCAUCUGCUGCAUCCUCUUCAUCCUCUUCAUCAUUGGUAGCAUCGUCGUCUCCAUACUGGGCUAUUCUCGUGGCGACCCUAUGCGACUGAUCCACCCAACGGACUCCAGUGGAAAAAUAUGCGGCAUUGGAGAACUCAAGGACAAACCGUAUUUGUUCUUCUUCGACCUGCUCGAGUGUGCAAGGAUGGGCCCCAACAUCAUCAAUGGCUGCCCAACACCACAGGUGUGUGUGGAACUGUGUCCCAAUUCCAGCUACGUGUUCUUACAAACCUUGGCCAAGGAAAAGGUUCAUGGCAUCAACAAGAUGGAGAGGGCCAGGAUGAUCUGCAAAUACAACGUUAACGCUUCCGACGGGGGUGACGUGACGGAGCUGGUGAAGAAAGAGGAUUGUGCCGCUUACUACGUACCAUCAUCGCCAGUUCUUGGACGUUGUGUUCCGAGUAUUUUCAGUGACAUUCUUGACAUGGGUUCUAACUUGAACACAAGUGAUGGUACCCCUGUAGUCAACGCACUGAAUGAGAGUGUCACAGGAAAUAUGCUUGGAAAUGGGACUAGGUUUCUGGCAGAAUUCUACAAGUUUAAGGAAUAUGGAGAGCUCAUAUUCAGGGAUGUGUCGUCUUCGUGGUAUUUCAUCUUGUUGGGCCUGUGUGUUGCCAUGUUGAUAUCCCUGGUGUGGAUCAUCCUGAUGAGGUGGCUGGUGGGAGUCAUGGUCUGGUUCACCCUUGUUCUCUUUGUCGGACUCUUCAGCUUUGGGACUUACUACUGCUACAACCAGUACUACAAGUUGAAGGACAUGAACACGGAGAAAGAGUUUGGCCUGCCCCUAUCCUUCACUUUCAACUUCCGAUACUACCUGUCCCUCAAAGAGACGUGGCUGGCCUUUGGCUGCACGUCGGCAACCCUCCUGAUCAUCUUCGUGAUCGUCCUGCUCUUCCUCAUCCCCCGUAUCUGUAUCGCCAUUCAACUCAUCAAGGAGGGCAGCAGAGCUAUUGGCUCCAUGUCCUACACGCUGUUAUGGCCGAUUGUUCCAUUCGUCCUGCAAGUGCUGGUGGUCAUCUACUGGGGAUCCACCGCCAUUUACCUAGCUUCAACAGGAGAGGCAGAGUACUACACCAACACGACGACCAAUGAAACAAUCAACACUGCCGUCAAAUCCAAUGAAGUCGUCCAGUCAGUCGUGGAGAGAAUACCAUGUUCUCCAGGGACUCAAGACACAGCAGCAAAGGUGUGCGAGUUCGUCAAGUACGGAGGGAACAGAUACACAGUGUACCUGCAAUUCUACAUGCUCUUCAUGUUCUUCUGGAUGAUGAACUUCGUCAUCGCUCUGGGACAGAUGACCUUGGCGGGAGCAUUUGCUUCUUACUACUGGGCUUUUGACAAAUCCAAGGAUAUCCCUUCUGCCCCUCUUGCGUCCUCCUUCUACAGGGCGAUACGGUAUCACCUGGGUACACUUGCAUUUGGUUCCGUCCUCAUCGCUGUUGUUCAGCUGAUCCGGUCUGUACUGGAAUACCUGAGUCGGAAACUGAAGGGCUCGGAGAACAAGGUGGCAAGAUUCAUUGUCAAGUGUUUAAGCUGCUGUUUCUGGUGCCUGGAGAAAAUCCUCAAGUUCAUCAACAAGAAUGCCUACAUCAUGACUGCCAUCUAUGGAAGAAACUUCUGCUCUGCUGCAAAAGAUGGAUUUUUCUUGAUCAUGAGAAACAUUGUGCGUACUUUUGUACUGGACAAAGUGGCUGAUUUCAUCAUGUUUAUCAGCAAGCUGAUGGUCACUGGAGCAAUUGGAGUUGCUGCAUACUUUUGGUUCAACGGCAACACCAGCAUCCUCCCCAACUUUGUCCCCGACCUCAACUACUCACUUGUGCCUGUUGUGAUUCUAGUGAUCGGCACCUUCCUGGUUGCGACGUCUUUCUUCAACGUGUACAGCAUGGCAGUAGACACCCUGUUCCUGUGUUUCUUGGAGGACUUGGAGAGGAACGAUGGCUCACCAGACAAACCGUAUUUCAUGAGCACUGGCCUGAAGAAGAUCCUGAAGAAGACCAACAAAAAAGCCAAAGUAGACCAUAGGCUUUGUCAGAUUGGAAGAGGAAGCUCCUGGACAUGAUAAAAUGGUUAUUUCUGAAGAAAUAAACCCAUGUCAUAUCUUUCAAGUAUAAUUAGAAUAGUCCUGAAAUAUCAGAAGUUUUGGACAGAUUUUCCCCAAGUGGCUUGCUAUGAUGGUGGAAGACUUUUGAUGAUGAUGAAAAAACCCAUUUCUUAUAUUUAAGAGAAGUGUAAUCAGAAUAUCAGGGUAUCAGGACAGACUUUCCUCAAUUGACUUCCAAA